AUGUAUACUUAUUGGCUUAAAAUAAUUUUACGUUCCAACAGUGCUUUAAGUGCUCAUAUCUCUUUGAUAUAUACAGAUGAGGACUCAAAUGGUGCGAUUGAUCAGGAAGAGCUUAAGAAGUGUUUUCUUAAGCUUGAAAUAAAAUUUACAGAGGAGGAAACCAAUGAUCUCUUUGAGGCCUGUGAUAAUAAUGAGGAUAUGGGAAUGAAGUUCAAGGAGUUCAUUGUACUUCUCUGCCUUGUGUAUCUUCUGAAGGAUGAUCCAACUGCUCUUCAUGCUAAAUCACGAAUGGGUAUGCCGAAGUUGGAGGCAACUUUUGAAACCUUGGUUGAUGCAUUUGUAUUCUUGGACAAGAACAAGGAUGGUUAUGUCAGUAGAAAUGAGAUGGCUCAAGCCAUAAAUGAAUCAGGGGAACGCUCUUCGGGACGAAUAGUCAUGAAAAGAUUCGAGGAGAUGGACUGGGAUAAAAAUGGAAUGGUGAACUUCAAGGAAUUUCUGUUUGCAUUCACUAAUUGGGUUGGAAUCGAUGAUGAGGAAGAGGGUGAAGAGAAGGUUUAAACCAAUCCAUUUUAGUUCCCAGUUGUUGCUGUCUACAAUUGCUAGUAGCUAAAGCUUUUC